AUGUCAGAUUUCGAUAUUUGGGAUCUUCUAUUGUUUGGACCGAAACUAAAUACCCCUCCAGAGUCUACUUUCAGGAAGGAACGACGGCACCUGACUCCAAUGAUGGAAAAGUAUGAAAAGUUGUCCAAGAUUGGAGAAGGCUCGUACGGCGUAGUUUUUAAGUGUCGAAAUAGAGAAAAUGGCCAAAUAGUUGCUGUAAAGAAAUACAUGGAAACCGAAGAUGAUCCACUGAUCAAAAAGAUUGCACUGCGAGAAAUCAGAAUGCUUAAACAACUGAAGCAUCCGAAUCUAGUUAAUUUAAUCGAAGUCUUCCGGCGGAAACGCAAGUUGCAUUUGGUGUUCGAAUACUGCGAGCAUACGGUAUUGGAUAUUCUUGAGAAGCAUCCGAAAGGGGUUCCAGACAUGUUAACCAAAAGAAUAAUCUGGCAAACACUGCAGUCUGUCAAUUUCUGCCAUGAACAUAAUUGCAUUCACAGAGAUGUAAAGCCAGAAAAUAUUUUGAUUACUAAAGACGGGAUUGUGAAGCUAUGUGACUUCGGUUUCGCUAGAACGCUAAGUCCUGGGGAUAACUAUACGGACUACGUUGCGACGCGAUGGUAUAGGGCACCAGAGCUUCUGGUUGGAGAGACUCAAUACGGUCCUGCUGUGGACGUGUGGGCGAUUGGGUGUGUCACUGGCGAGCUUAUGAGAGGAGAAGCACUUUGGCCCGGAAAGUCGGACGUAGACCAGCUGUAUCUCAUUCGAAAAACUCUUGGCGACUUAAUUCCCAGGCAUAUGCAAGUGUUUCGUGCUAAUGAUUUUUUUGCUGGAGUAACAAUACCUGAGCCAGAUGUUCGGGAGAGCUUAGACAGCAAAAUUCCAAAACAUGUCCAUGAACAUGGAGUUGAUUUUAUAAAGGCCCACAGUGCUACUAAAUCAACUGAAAGAAAACCUACUAGGAGGACUAAAACUUUGAAUAGUGAAAUGGAUUUUAGAUAUGGUGCUGCAUUUGAAAGUAAUUGA